GUUUUAUCCACACAUGCACCCGAGGGCUCGGGAUGCAUCCAUCAAGCCUCGCUCCCACAACACAGCUCAACCAAGUCUUCCAAGUCCCCAGCAGCUACACUGUACACACAUAUAUGUAUGCCUCUCUGCCCGAAUAAAUAGGUCUCGCACACGGUAUCACAAUGUCUCCUCCGAGUAGUGCAGAAAGCGAAGCUAGGAUAGGCACGCUAAUCGAGCAGGGCUUGGAGCUAGAAGAGAUUGACCUGAACCUCUUCCGAAGCAAGCGGCUCUGGUUGCCAACAGGAGCUAGGGGAGUCUUUGGCGGACAGGUUGUCGGUCUGGCAUUGGCUGCUGCUAGUCGGACGGUGGAUAAGCGUUUCCGGGUGCAUUCGCUACACUGCUACUUCAUACUGCCCGGAGACAACACCGUCCCGAUCAUAUAUCGCGUGGAUCGAACUCGGGAUGGCAAAACCUAUGCCACGCGUAGCAUCAAGGCGGAGCAGCGCGGCAAGAGUAUCUUUGUGUUGACCUGCUCGUUCCAGGCUGGAGAGAGCUCACCGCUGGAACAUCAAUAUCCGAUGCCCGACGUGAGGCCACCAGAAGAGCUGCCGAGUAAUGAAGAGAAAUUACAACAUUGGCUGCACCACCCACGCAUCGGCUCCAUCCCAAAGUACAAGGAGAAUCUUGAGAUGCGAUUGCAGGAGCCUAUUCCAAUAGAUAUUCGGGAUUGUCACGGUCUCCCAAGGGCUCGAGAACUAUUGCAUCCGCGCAAACAGGAGCCAAAGCAAUACAUAUGGAUGCGGGCGAAGGGGACGUUGCCGGACGAUCCAGCGAUACACAACUGUGUUGCGGCAUACUGCUCUGAUCAUUAUCUCUUGACGACAAGUCUUUUGACUCACGGCAUUAGCAACCUUUCGAACCCUAGAUUAACGAUGUUGGCCUCGUUGGACCAUGCGGUGUGGUUCCACGCGCCAUUUAGGGCCGACGAGUGGCUGCUGUACGAGAUGGAGAGUUCCAGAACCGUUGCCAACCGAGGACUAUGCUUCGGUCGUAUUUACACCCGUGAUGGUCGUUUGGUGGUCUCUACUGCUCAGGAAGGCGUCAUUAGGACCGAGUUUCGCCCCAACGUUCCACGUAAUCCGGAGUGCAAGGACGGGAAGGACCAGCCUGCGGGCAAGGAGGAGAAAGCGAAACUUUAGGGAAAUGGAGACAUUUCUCUGUGAUCAGGGCGUCUUCCGGACAUAAUUUAGCACGUAGCCAUGUACUUUUAGGGUAGCAUGUGAAAUAAAUCUCGCAUGAAUGAAUGGAGUUGACAUAUCAUUGCAGGCCUGAUGAGUAUCGUUACUACUGUAUUUAUCAAAAGGAUAGAGGGAUCAUCGCCUCGUAUACACAAAAAGUGGAAGAAAAAGAAUGCCAAAAACUAAGAGCGUUCCCGCAAAGCUACUCGUACUAAGCAAUUGUUGAUGCUUUGCGGGUCACUACCCGACUGAAUGACGACGAGCAUGAAUUUACGGGUCGACGUGGGGUAAUGACGGUCCAAGCCCCUGUUCUCCGUCCGUUUUCUCGGUCGGAGGGGCGACGGUGUCGCUCCUGGAGGCGCCCU